AUGUUUUCAAAUGCAGAUGCAAAGAAUAUCAUAGAAACCUUUGCUCAACAGGCUCAGCAAGCUAAAGAAGAAAGUGUUGACAAAUUACCCAGUCGAGCUACAAAGUUUUCCACUGGUAUACAAAUUGGUCAAAGAUCAAAUACUACAUUCUUGCCAGUACCUACAGAUGAAGGACCUUUGUAUACUUAUAAACCAAUAAUACUCUCUGUGGAUGGGCCUAAGCCUCCUACAACUGAUGAAAUACUCUCUAAAGGGUUUAUUAAUCAUGUAAGGCCAGAAACUGAGCAAGGAAGGGCUGGAGGAUUCAGAUGUAUUAUUGCAUGUUCAAGAGCUCUGCAAGAUUCAAUGUCUGGACUUUUUCAUAGCAAAAAGAGUUCAACUGUUCAUUAG